GGGGCGCGCACGUCGCUCCCCGCCCUCCCGCCGCCGUCGCCGCCCGCUCUUGCUUUCUCGCGCUGCCCGCCCGUUGCUCUCCGUCGGUUCUCUCGUUAGUCCGCCGUAGCCUUCUCAGUCACCCGCUGUAGUCUUCGAGCUUGCGACUCGCGGACAGGAGUCCUCGGCGCGGAGAGGCCGGACUCGGAGUCGUCGCCUGAGUACCUUUCAUCUGAGAAGUUCAAGGCACUUUGUAGAACUUCUGCCACACAGGCCGUGGGUCUUGCAGCACAUUUGUAAGGUGCUGUUCCGGGACACAUUUGAAGAAAACAAAGAAGGUCCCUGCCCUCAGUUGUCUCAGCACCAUUUGUUGAAAAGGCUGUUUUUCCUCUGUUGGAUUGUCUUGGCAUCCUCGUUGAAAAUUGUUUGACCCUAAGCAAUGGCUGCCAUCCGGAAGAAACUGGUGAUUGUUGGAGAUGGAGCCUGUGGCAAGACUUGCUUGCUCAUUGUCUUUAGCAAGGACCAGUUCCCAGAGGUGUAUGUACCUACGGUGUUUGAGAACUAUGUGGCAGAUAUUGAAGUGGACGGAAAGCAGGUAGAGUUGGCUUUGUGGGACACAGCUGGGCAGGAAGAUUAUGAUCGCUUGAGGCCUCUCUCCUACCCGGAUACUGAUGUUAUACUGAUGUGUUUCUCCAUUGACAGCCCUGAUAGUUUAGAAAACAUCCCAGAAAAAUGGACUCCAGAAGUCAAGCAUUUCUGUCCCAACGUGCCCAUCAUCCUGGUUGGGAACAAGAAGGAUCUUCGAAAUGAUGAGCACACAAGGCGGGAGCUAGCCAAGAUGAAGCAGGAGCCAGUAAAACCGGAAGAAGGCAGAGAUAUGGCAAACAGGAUUGGCGCUUUUGGGUACAUGGAGUGUUCAGCAAAGACCAAAGAUGGAGUGAGGGAGGUUUUUGAAAUGGCCACGAGAGCUGCUCUGCAAGCCAGACGUGGGAAGAAAAAAUCUGGGUGCCUUGUCUUGUGAAACCCUGCUGCAAGCACGGCCCUCAUGCGGUUAAUUUUGAAGUGCUGUUUAUUAAUCUUAGUGUAUGAUUACUGGCCUUUUUCAUUUAUCUAUAAUUUACCUAAGAUUACAAAUCAGAAGUCAUCUUGCUACCAGUAUUUAGAAGCCAACCAUGAUUAUUAAUGAUGUCCAACCCACCUGACCCACCAGGGUCCUUCUGACACUGCUCUAACAGCCCUCCUCUGCACUCCCACCUGACACACUAGGCGCUAAUUCAAGGAAUUUCCUAACUUCUUGCUUCUUUCUAGAAAGAGAAACAGUUGGUAACUUUUGUGAAUUAGGCUGUAACUACUUUAUAACUAACAUGUCCGCCUCUCAUCUUUCAGCUGCCAAGGUACUCUGGUGAGUCACCACUUCAGAGCUUUACUCAUUUUAACAGAUUUCAUUGGCAUAGCUCUGGGUGGCAAUCCAGUUUUUUGAAAAUGUGCUCAGCCAGAAAGGCCCAAGUUCACGCAGCUGUGGCAAAGUUACAGUUCUGUGGUUUCAUGUUAGUUACCUUAUAGUUACUGUGUAAUUAGUGCCGCUUAAUGUAUGUUACCAAAAAUAAAUAUAUCUACCCCAGACUAGAUGUAGUAUUUUUUGUAUAAUUGGAUUUCCUAAUACUGAUAUUUGUCAUCCUCACAGAAAGUGUAUUGGUUUUUUUAAAAAAAAGAAAGUGUAUUUGAAAAUAAAGUCAGAUGGAAAAUUCAUUUUUUAAAUUCCCGUUUUGUCAGUUUCUCUGAAAAAAGAUGGCCAUGUCUCCCCUUUUCGGCCCCACUUAUUCCAGUACCCCCUUCCCCAGAGCUGGGCUAAGUAAAUAGGAAUUUGGUUUUAUGCCUGAGGCACUUAGAUACUUCAGAAGGUGGCAUAACCUGUCUCACCUGGACGGCAGGAUCUGGCUCUAGUUCACAGUGCUCUUUUUUCUCACUGUAUCCAGGUUCCCUCCCAGAGGAGCCACCAGUUCUCUUGGAUGGCCCACAGUUUCUCUGUCCUCUCCAGCUGACUAAACUUUUUUUCUGUACCAGUUAAUUUUUCCAACUACUAAUAGAAUAAAGGCAGUUUUCUAAACUU